AAGGGGAGAGAGGAGAGAAGAGAAGAAGAGAGAAAGGGAAGGGAAAGAAGAGAAGAGAGGAAGGGAAGGAAGAGAAGAGAAGAGGGCCCAGGGCAGAGCCCUGAGGGAAAUCUCUAUGCCUAGAAGGCCAGACGGGAAUGAUGAUUCUGCAAAGGAGCCUGGAAAGUGUCCCAGCCCCUAUGAGGAGGUAGAGGUGGGGGGCCAUGACCAGUGGUUGCAUCUCCAAAACCCUGGGAGGAGAGAGGCUCCAGAACGAAGGUGACCAGUACUCAAAAAGCCCUAAGAACAGGCUGCUUGGUUCUGCCAUAAAGUGGGGUCAUGGCCAUCAAGCGGCCGGGGCAGAGGGCCGGAGUCCAGAAUUUUCUAGAGAGGGCUGCCGAGCGGCUGAACUCCAUCACGCCAGUCAAGUUCAGCAUCUCCAGCCGCACGGACGCCGGCGUUCAUGCGCUCGGGAACUCUGCCCAUUGCGAUGUUCAGCGCCUGGUUGGCCGACCCCCCUUCUCACCCGAUGUCCUCACGACAGCCCUCAAUUGCCACCUCACUCACCCUGACAUCAGGGUGAUCCGGGCUUUUCGGGCUCCUGAUGACUUCCAUGCUCGCUUUGAAGCCACGUCCCGGACCUACCUGUACCGGCUGGUAACUGGCUGCUCUGUGGACAUGCUGCCUGUGUUUGACCGGAACUUGUGCUGGCCGCUGAGGGCUGACCACCUGGAUGUGGCAGCCAUGCAGGAGGCCGCCCAGCAUCUCCAGGGCACCCACGACUUCCGGGCCUUUAGGUCAGCAAGUGAUAAUGACUGGAGAAACUCUGUGAAGACACUGAUCCGGGUCUCUGUGGGCCCUGCACCGGCCAGCCCCUUCGCCCAUCCCCAGGAGAAGAGGAAGCUGCAGUUUUGGGACCUGGAGUUUGAGAGCAAGUCCUUCCUGUACAAACAGGUGCGGAGGAUGACGGCGUGCCUGGUGGCCGUGGGCCUGGGGGCCUCGACGCCGCAGCAGGUGAAGGAGAAGCUGGAGAGCCGGGACCCGGAGAGCGGCCCCCGCCCCCUGGUGGCCCCAGCGCAGGGCCUGUUCCUCAAGUCCGUGCAGUACGCCGGCCUCGACUGGGGCCCCAGCGAGGCCUGCUACAAUCGCCCGUCUGUCUCGGAAGGCCAGAGCCCAGGACACGUGCCAGAGGGACCCGGCCUCCGACUGGAUCCCAGAAGGGAAACGGAGUGGAUCUGAGCCGCCCCUGGUUCUGGGAGGCCCGCCGUCCAUGCGGCCUGCCCUGCCUGCCCAUGGCCCUGAACGACACGGGAAGACCCUGGGCGGCGGCCGGGUUCCAGGGCCACCAGGGCCACCGUCUGUUGGCCGUGGCUUACGGCGUGGUCUUUGCGGUGGGCCUGGCCGAGAACGUGGUGGCGGGGAGCCUCCUGCUCUCCAGGCUCCGUCGCUCCAGCCCCUCCUCCGUGCUGCUGCUGAGCAUGACGGUGGGCAGCGCCACCUUCGCGUGCGCCCUGCCCCUCAGGAUCCAUUACCACCUGUGUGGGGGCGACUGGCGCUUCGGGGAGCCGGCCUGCCGGCUGAGCGCCGGCCUCUACUGGGCCUUCCCCCUGCUGAGCACGGCCUCCUUCUUCGGCCUCUGCCUGGACUGCCACCUGGCCCUGGCGCACCCCUUCUUCCGCCUCCGGCUCCGCCGGGCCCACUGGGCCGCAGGCAGCGCGCUGCUCUGGGCGCUGGCCGGCCCCCUGGCCCCGCGAGCCCCCUGCAGCUGGACUAGCGCCAACAACCGCACGUCCUGCUUUGAGAACUCUGUGGAGGACGCGGGGUCUGGGGCUCCCGGCUCCUACGCCCUAGUGGUGGGCCUCCUGGCGCCUUGUGCCAUCGUCCUGGGGGGCUUCCCGCUGCUGGCCUGGCGCAUGGCCUCGGGCCGCAGGACGCGGCGCCGCCACCAGAGGGCGCUCAGGACCCUCUGCUUCAGCGUGCUGGUGUGUGCCUUCUGCUUCCUGCCCUACACCCUGGCCCGCCUGCUGCCCGGCUUCACCCGCCCCACCCCCCUCCUCGGCCACCUGCGCCCGGUGCUGCUGCUGCUGGUCAGCCUGGGCUCCUGCCUCAGCCCCGUCCUCUGCCUCCCCUGGCGGCCCCGGGCCGGCUGCGGGUUCUGGGCUCGCCUCUGCUCCUUCAGACCCAAGAUAUACACCAUCUACGACGGCAAGCUGGCAGAGCUCCCCCGCCCCCCGCUGGGCUCCGGCCAGCUGGGCAACUACGGAGAGACCCAGGCGGGAGAGGCAGGCCCUGGGGCCGGCCGUGCGGUGUGUCCCCAGGAGCCCCCGGGGCCGGUCACCUACAGGGAGCUCCGCACAGAUGAAAGCCUCCCUCCCGAGGGCCACUGACGGCGGAGGCAGCGUGCCAUGGCGGCUGGCUCUAGACCCCACAGCACCAACAGCAAGGUUUGGCUUUUCCUGGACGGCCCUGUAGGCAGGGGGCCAUCCCCGGGCCUGAGCCCGUCCCAGAAAUGCCCGCUUCAGGGUUGGCGCAUCUGGACUAGCCCCCAGGCCCUGCCCCUCCUGUCCGGGGCUCAGAGGUGGGCGGUGGCACCCCUGGCUCCAAGGCCCGGAGGAGCCGUCCGUCGUGGGCAGUCUGAGUGGAAGAGCUACAGCAGACGAAUAAAAGGCCGCGAAGGAGGGCGCCAAGGCUG